AUGACUUCUCGCGACGGGUUUCAUUGGACACCACAGACUGGAUUGGCCCAAGGGGUGCCUUCUAUUGGUGUCAUUUCACCACCAACCAAUAUUUCGUCAAGCAAUGGAUCAUGGGAUGUAGUGGUUGUUGGUGCUGGCUACUCCGGGCUUACGGCCACUCGUGAUCUUUGUGUUGCUGAAGGUCUCAAAGUUCUUCUUGUCGAGGCGCGCGAUCGUAUCGGUGGUCGGUCAUGGUCUUCAAAUAUUGAAGGAUAUCCAUAUGAGAUGGGAGGAACAUGGGUACACUGGGGACAACCUCACGUCUGGCGUGAAAUCUCGCGGUACCAGAUGCGUACUGAAUUGGAAGAAUCAUUCGACUUUAGUCGAGGUGUGAACCACUUUCAAUUACGCACCCAGGAUGGUGAAACUAUAAUGAGCCACGAGGAUGAAGACGCUCUUUUAGCUGGGGCACUAGAGAAAUUCGUGAACGUCGACGGAGACUUGGGACGCAAGAUAGUCCCCUAUGCUCACGAUUCAUUCCAUGUUGCAGAGGCGCGCCAAUACGAUGAGAUGUCUUGCAAGGAUCGCCUGCAGCAGAUCAAUUUAUCCCUCACACCAAAUGAACGCGCUGGAUUGGAGAGCUUCAUUCUACUCUGCAGCUGUGGCACAUUGGAAACAACAAGCUUUUUCGAAUUUCUACACUGGUGGGCAUUGUGCGGCUACACUUACCGUGGCUGUAUGGAUGCGCUGAUUUCUUAUAAAUUCAAGGGAGGCCAGUCCUCAUUUGCUAUCAAGUUCUUUCAGGAGGCGCUGUCUACUGGGAAUCUUUCUUAUGUGUUUAAUAGCCCGGUCAAGUCUAUCGCAGAUCACAGUGACAAAGUGACAUUGAGCACUCGGGAUGGUAAGGAAUAUGCGGCUAAGCGCCUGGUUUCUACCAUUCCUCUCAACGUCCUCAAUUCGAUUUCAUUCAGCCCGCCCCUGGACUCUCAGCGAGCUUCAGGUACAAACAUUGGCCACGUCAAUCAGUGUGUGAAAGUCCACGCAGAGAUUUCAAACAAGGACAUGCGAUCAUGGACUGGAAUCUCUUACCCAUUCAACAAGCUGAUGUACGCUAUUGGAGACGGGACUACGCCCGCGGGCAACACUCAUAUAGUUUGCUUUGGGGGAAACAACAACCACAUUCAGCCCGAGGAGAACGUGGAGGAGACCAAGAGAGCCGUCGAGAGUCUCGCACCAGGAAACAUGGACGUUUUCCAUAACUGGUCUAAAGACGAGUUUGCCAAGGGUGCUUGGUUCUUCUCAUCCCCGAAAUUUCUAUCUACAUCGCUGGGGUCUUUACGCGCUCGCCAUGGGAAUGUGGUUUUCGCUAGCUCAGACUGGGCUGUUGGCUGGCGUAGUUUCAUUGACGGAGCGAUUGAAGAAGGGACUAGAGCGGCGAUGACAGUAAAAGAUGAACUUAGGCCUAUAGUCCCCCCACGAGUCCGUCUGUAA